GACUCACAUAGCGACACAUCAACACAACAGAGAUAGCGCCGGCUGCAAGCUUACAGGUUUCUGCUCGUUAAGAAAAUGAACAUGGAAGUUGGGAACAAUUCAAAUUGUCAAUAAGCAUUUUUGUCUGUUACUUGCAUGCUGCAGCCAUGUCUGCACCUAAAAGACAUAUUUCUAGAGACACAAUUAAGCUUACAGAUCCCAGGGGAAACAGCCAUGACAGAGCCUCAGCCCAUAAUCCAGGAUCUCUUCCUGCUUUACCUCUGCUGACAUCCCGCUCGCCAACAUUUAGGGCUGAACCACCAACUGAUCGCCCUCUCACAAGGCCUCAGGUAUCAAAGCUGCAUGACAUAUCUGUUGUUGAGCUUCCUCAGUUGGUAGCAACAGUGGGUCCAGAAAUAACACUGGCAGAUUCUGUAUGGACAGAGGGACCCGGUCUGAUAUCAUCUGCUCUCACUGCUGAUAUUCCUCUUAAAGUAAUUAAACACCCACAGAAAGUUAAAUCAGACUCUCUAGACGAGGAUCUCUCAAAACAAGGCUCAAUGGAUGGGAAAAAGACUGGGAAAGAGACUAAGGCCAAGUGCAGGCCUCUUACCGGCAUUGAGGUGUUUGAGAUCUUUACACACAAAAAACACCUGGGGGGGCUACAGUUUUACCAUCUCAAAGUUUCUGAAGAUGGUCGACCCUAUGAUCUGCACGUAGUCCCAUGCAGCAAAGCAGGCCCAGAUCACUACAUCUUCUCACCCACCUCAGUGAUCCAUGUGAAGGAUGGCUGUAGUGUUGGGCUCUUGAAUCUAGCAGAGUGGUAUCGUGAAGCUGUACUAUGGAAUGCUCUGAGGGAUAUACCAUUUUUCAGAGACUAUCUACUACAUAAAACCUUCACCAGAUGGCACAGAAACGUGUGUCAAGUCUCAUUUCAACGCAAGUGUAAGCACCUUCAGGCUCAGUUACUGAUAGCUGUUCCCCAGUUCAGGGAAGCUUUAUUUCAUUUGACCAGACUCACUGAAAAGAUUAAGGGUGUGCACUGGCUACCUCAGGAUGAGUCUCACGCAUACACACUUACAGAAUUCCAGACCACACUGUUGAAAAGCAAUCAGCAAUCUCAAAGAUUCCUAGAGAAUUUUUUCUAUCCCUGCUCUCUGAUUCUGACCACGGUACAGGAAACCUGCUACAAAACCUACCAGGAAAUACAGCAACAACUGAAAGAAUUCCAUCUGAGCCAUUGUAGCAAGCCUUUUCAUCUACAGCAGUCCUUGAACAGAAGCUUUCACAAAAAGCUGAACCAGACUGGUCAAGUCCUUCAAAGGCUGGGAAACUUUAAAGCUCUUAUGGACUGCAUGAUUGUACAAAACCUUGUUUCUGUCACUCACAGUGAGCUCAUGCUCUACCUCAACACGUUUUUGAAGAGGGAACAGAAUAAUCAGGGCAGUCUUUUCGAGGCAGAGCUGACAUUUGGAGUAGACGGUCAGCUUGUUCUGGUUCCACCUAUGCACCUGUUUCAGGAGCUGCUGCUGGAAGCACUGCAGUCUGUAGUGGAUUCUACUCUACAGGUUGUUGAUGCCAGCAAUAAUUCACUGGAUUCUAAAGAUCCUUUGACUGCUAGUUUCUCUUUUCAACAGUCUAAAACAAGCCCUGGAAUUACAAAUAACACAAACGCUCCUGUCAGGAGAGCAUGUAAACAGAGUGGAUCUGCACUCACAAGUACGGGCAGUUUUCCCUCCAAACAGGAGUCUUGUAUUGCAUCAAAUACAACAAUGGUACUUCCCAAACUGAGCUCUUUUAGUCUUCAGGGUCAGAGACUGCAAAGACAGUUCUAUCCUCUGUCCACAAAAAAGCUAAAAUGGCAUCUGCACCACCAUGCUGGGGCACAGGAGGUUGAAAAACAGCAAGUCAGAAUUAUACAGGAAGCCCUCCAAGAGAUCCAGCAACUGUGUGAAAGGCAUGCCUGGUUGGUAGAUGCUUAUUUGUUUGCCAGUCAGUGGAGCCCAGCUUUACUAGAAAAUAUGAGAGAAUGGCCUGCUCCUAAAUAUCAGGAACACAUCCAGAUGAUACAAUCCUGGAUCAAUCAAGUACACCAUGUUCCUGCUGCUUUUACAACAUCCAAUAAGCUCAUCACUAUUAACUGUUCACAUAUUCAAGAGAUGCUAGAGCCCUUACUGAAGAUCGUGGAAAAGGAUAUUUUAAACCUCCUGUCUGAGGAACUGCAGUUGUGUGCCAAAUACUUGAUAAAUGAUCUGAAGAAAUUUAUGGCAUGCCUUAAGCUUGAACCUACUGACCUAAAAGAGUUUGCAAAUUAUGUUAGCAUGGUAAAAAGCUACAAGGAAACUGAUAUGGAUCAAAAGCUAGAAAACCUGUGCUCCCUUCAAGAAACUAUUCUGCGGAAUUUUAGAAACAUGACUCCUGAGGAAGUUACUUUGAUUGGGGAGACAUUUGCCCUGUCAAAUCAGUUUGUUCCUCUGCUGAGGUCAGCAACAGAAAGAGUCAUGCAGCAAAUUCCAUGCAUGAUUAACACUCUGGACAACAUAUUUUCUUCCCUGACUAAACAACUAGAAGAUCUGGUAUACAGUGCCACCAGUGGCCCAUAUCUGGACCUAAAUCAGAAUUCUUGCCAAAUAAUUCCUAAAUUUAGGUUAAAAUAUAGACAGCACCAUAUGAUAGCUGCACAACUGUAUGAGCUGAGUGAGACCAACCAAAGCCUGAGAGGCCAGCCAUUAGACCUCUCAUUUGUAAUGACUUCCAAGCAGAAUAUGGAAGCAUGGAAAGAGCUCUGGGAACUAAUGGACGUAUCCACUGCACAGAUUCAGGAAUGGACACCCGUUCUGUUUAGCCAGUUUGUAGUAUCUGAAGCCCAGGGCAAGGUAAAUGAAUGGCUUCAGAGGGUAAAUUCUGUAGCAAAAGCCAUCCCCCCUUCUGAUGAAGUGCUGCAAGAAACUUUACGAGUUUUUGAGACGUUCAGCCAGCAGUUCUCGCUAAUAGCCAAACUAAGCAGCCCUACAAUGAAGCACAAACACUGGGCAAACAUAUUUGAAGAAGUAGACCUGCUAGCUGACCGAGGACAGAACCUAACCAUAGGUGAUCUUAUGUCCAGAGAACUGUGGGAGCAUCAAAAUAAAAUUAGCAAGAUCUGCAGUGAAGCCAAAACUGAAGCAAACAUGGAGCAAUCAUUCCAGAGGCUUCAGCAGAGCUGGGAAGGAACAGUAUUCAGACUUACAAAGUUUAUUCUCAAUGUCUGUCAGAAGAAGAAUCCACAUCCACAUGUAGUAACACAACAGAUAAAGCCUUCUGCUGACAUUGAUCCAACCCAAAAUGAUUCACAACAGAAUUCCUUUGGCAGAGAAACAUUUAUCAUAAUGGACCUAGAAACUCUGGUGGCCCAGGUUGAGGACAGUGUUAUGACUCUGUCCAGCAUGCUUAUGUCUCCUCAUAUCUGCGAUUUGAAAAGGGAGGUAGAAAUUUGGCUCCAGCUCCUGCAGGAACUUGAGGAACUUCUAGAUUUUUGUCAAAGAUAUCAGCAAAAGUGGAUAAUCCUUAGCAGAAUUUUCAAUGAAAUGUCUAUGAGUUCAAAAAACAUAGAGCUGAUAGAGAAGUUUUCCCCAGUGGAUAGGAUGUUUCAUGAACUGAUUCAGGCUGUUUCAAGUGACCCCCAUGUGCUGAACUUUGUUAGACUGAAGAAGACUAGAGAGACAGACUGUGACUUUCAUGGACAACAUUUGCGCAAUAUCCUCAUUAAAGGGCUCACAGCAAUGGAGGAAAUUUGCAGUCAGUUAUUGUAUCUUCUAGACUCACAACGCCAUGAGUUCCCCAGACUGUGUUUUCUCGGCGAUGAGGAGGUGAUUGAACUUCUUUCGCUGCAUCUGACACCAUCUUCCCUUUUACCAUUUGUGCGCAAAUGCUUCAGAGGAGUACAGUGGAUUGAAGUUGACCACAAAAGUAAAAAUGACAUGACAAACCAAAACAGUGAACCAGAUAUACCCAGCACUCAGCUGUGGAUAUUUGGUGUAUAUGGAAUGCAAAAGGAACAUGUACCCUUUGCCUGUCCACUUAGAUUUAAUUUAAACCCUGUGGUAUGUCUUGAUCAUUUGGAAAAAGAAUUACAUCAAACAGUGAAACAGCUGAUUUUGAAAUGCAUUGCCACACGACAGGGUCCUGAACCUGAAGAAAACACUCCUGAACAGAAUAAACAAGUUGAUGAUAAUAUCCCUACACCAGACCUAGCUUGCAUUUUCAACCCAUCAGGAAAGGAUGAAGGAUCAACUCGAAAUGUCAUUACAUCAUUGUUUAUUAAACUAAUAUCUGAAUAUCCUCUGCAAUGCAUUUUGGUUGCAGAAGAACUUCAGUGGUACAGUGACAUCUGUAAAGUUUCAGCUCAAAACAAGUGGAUAAGUAUUAAAGCACAAAACACAGCAAAACUGCAGAGUCUUUGCAAAGCUGUACAAGAUAUCUCUGCAGAUUCCUAUAAUAGCACCUUGGCAACACAGCACAGAGUGACAGCCCUUCGUGCCAUAAUUCUAUUGAUUAUGAAGCAUUCUCAACAGAUCGCUGGGCUUGUUGACAUAGAAAGCAGUCUGGAAUCUUCUUUUGAAUGGCAGAGGCUUAUAAAGUAUCGCCGUAGUGUCACUGUUGAUGACUGGAGCAAUACUGGCGAGGAUAACCCAUGCACCAAUGAAGAAUCUAUUCAUGUUGAUGUCUUGGGGACACAGCUAGCUUACGGUAACGAAUAUAUAGGGCCAGAAAGCUGGAUGAUGGUGAACACCACUUCAACAGAGCGAGCACAGUUGGGCAUUCUGCUUGCCCUCACUAGUUACAAAUGUGCCUUCAUUAGUGGACCACUUAUGUCUGGCAAACAAAGGAUUGCACUUCAACUGGGAUGGGUAUUAGGACAACAAGUUAUCAUGCUGAGGUGUUGUUCAAACACAAGUUUUCCAGUUGUUUGUCAAAUGCUGCUUGGUGCUCUUCAAUGUGGUGCAUGGCUAGUGCUUAGUUCUGUAGAUUCAUUGGAACAAGGUAUUUUAUCCAUUCUUGGGCAGUGUUUGACAGACAUCCAUCAAUGUCUGUCAAUAGUUCUGGAAAAUGGACAAGAGAACGAGCUUCAAGAUCAUAAUCAUAAGAUCAUUCCAAAUAGCACUGUAAGGAAUUUUGUCCGAAAGCACAACAAAAAGAUGAUUGAAAUCAAAUGCCAGAUUCUAUCUGAAGAAAAAAAUAUUCUGGCUAAACCAAGCUAUGGCUGCAUCAUGAUUUCAUCAAAUGGGUACUCAGCUGAAAUACCAGAAAACCUGCGCAUUACCACAAGACCUGUUUCAUUGAUGCAACCUGACUUUAGCAUUAUUGCAGAGGUUUUGCUGAUUUCUUUGGGAUUUUCCGAAGCAACUAAUAUUAGCCGACGUUUAGUUUCUCUCCUAAACCUGGGUAAGGAUUUAUUGUGCCUUCCAGAAUAUGUCUGUAAAGAUCAAUGUUCCUGGCUUGUAUUUCUCAGAAAAGUCAUAGAUGCUUCUGGAAUAUACCUGUCCAGAACAUUUGAAGAAAUUCAUGAGGAUAGAACAACUGAUGUAAGCUUCAAAGCAUCUGAAAAUAUGUUACAGGCCUAUCAUUUACCCUCUCAUAAGCUCAAAAGUAAACCUUCCCUGUCAAAUGCUGUAAGAGAAGAGCAAGCAUUAAUCAAAGGAAUAAUGUCUGUGUUAUUAUCAGCCAUCUCUGAUCAUAAUAGAGCCUUUCAGUUCUGCACAGUUUUUGAAGAAAUCUUCCCAGCAGCAAAAUACUGUCCAAAUUUUCAAUACAUUAUUGAAGAGAGUGAGAGAAAUGCGCUUAGAAAUGCUAUAACAGAGGAGUUGCAACAAACAGCAUUAUGUGCUGACUCAGAAAUACUUAACAAUGCUUUGACCCUGCAUCAAGCACUCAAGUUUUUUAAGACAGUUGUGAUUUCUGGGCCAGCGGGUAGUGGAAAAACAACUUUAUAUAGAGCUCUUGCAAGGGCACUUCGGCAACUUGCAGAAGCAUCUAUGCAGGAAAAUGUUGCAGAUACCAAACAUUUAUCACAUUCAUGUUGGUGUUCAGUUCACACAAUGGAAUUAUUUCCUAAUGCUUUGUCACAUGAGGAGCUUUUUGGUGCAUGCUGUGAACAAACAGGUUCCUGGAGGGAUGGUGCCUUCACUAAAGUGUUACGAGACACAGAACGGUAUGGGUUUUCUGUUCAGUCUUCACCCCAAUUUAAGCAAAAACAUGGAGUUCAGAAAGUUAAAUGGCUAGUAUUGGAUGGUGAACCCUUGACCUGCUCCAAGUGGUUUGACACUUUGAGUACCCUUGGCAACCCUGAAAGUCCCUUUCUUUGCCUUUCAUCUGGCACGAAAAUUCAUCCAUCACAAGAGGGAAUUAAAAUUAUAGUUGAAACCACAAGCCUUGCAGAAGCCACUCCAUCUGCAUUGGCACGGUGCGGCCUGGUAUGCAUUUCUGGUAUCAGUGUGUGGAAGAAUGUGUGGAAGACUGAAAUGGAUGCCCUGUACAGAGAUCAGGUUUUGAAUCAGAGCACUCUGAAAAUGUUGAGGUGUCUGGCUGAAGAUCUUUUUUCUAGCACUAUAAUUUUCCUCAGGCAUAAAGGUUUAAACUCUGUACUGACCAAUGAAGGAUGUGAAGCCAGUAAAUCAUGUCCUGGAAUCAUUAAUGGUUUGCAAGAAGUAAUGUCAUUUAUUAAAAUACUCCGUGCUCUUCUGGGUGAUUCUGGAAAAAGGAAUGCCUUAAAAACAUCUAAACAAAAAAGAGACAAUACCCUCAAGCUACCCUCUACUGAGCUGCAUGCAAGAAACCUCUUCGUGAUUGCGUAUAUUUGGGGUUUUGGUGGGCAGCUGCAUCCAAGACACUGGACACAGUUUGAUAUCUUUGCAAGGGAAGCUUUGUUUAAAUGCCGCUACAAAAUUGAAGUACCAGUUAAAGGCACAGUAUUUGAGCAUUUCUUUUACCUUAGUGAUGAAAUGCUGGAAGGUGCUACUUGCAUUAAUAGUUUCACCAAGAACAGGGGCCCACAACAUUCCUGCACAUCUGUGCCCCAGUAUAAAAAUUAUGCAUAUCUCCUGGACCGUCUGUUAGAAGCUCAUUAUCCAGCAUUGCUAGUAGGAGAAGCAGGGUCAGGCAAAACAAUACUGUGCAAGAAUUUAUUACAAGAAAGACAGAGUCUGCAUGUAUCAGUAAGCCCACGUCUACGCUCUGCUGAUUUACGCAAUAUACUCGAGAGGAUUAGGAACCGGAACACAUCACUGGGAUCAUUGGAUCAGGGCUUGAUUCUUUUCAUUGAUGACUUACAUGAACCUGCUUUUGGUAAAACAUCAGCAACUUUGGAAACCUUGAGGCAGUGCAUAUCAAGAGACGGAGUGCAGACUGGCUAUCACUUUAAGCUGUUUAGCUCUGGAGCAGUUAGCUAUCUGGGCGCUUACAGGACUCAUGGAACACACAAAAGUGGCUACAGUCAGAUUUCCGCACGGCUCUCUAGACUGUUUACUAUCUUGGUACUUCCUGAAAUGACUGCAGAUACUCUUUAUUCUAUCCAUUCGUCACAAUUACAGCAGUGGCUGAGAAACUUCCCAUCCAUGCCAAGAAUUGCAGAUAUGGCACGCUGUAUUGUUGCUGCAACCUUUGAUGUGUAUCUUGUUGCGUAUGAACAUUCAUCCUCUUCUGUUCAUUCUCCCCACAUUGUUUUAUCAUUGUAUGAUCUCCAAAAAGUAUUUCAAGGUAUGUUCCUCUUUGAUCCCAGGACCUCAGGCCAUUACUUCCACCAAAGAAAGCCUACCCUCAAUUUUAAAAAUCUGUCAUCACCUUCCAUGCUAGCCUUCAAUUCAGAUUUCCUGGUUCCUGCAAGGAACAUACUCAGUAUUGCCCAUCUGUGGAUUCAUGAGUGUUUGCGCACCUUUGGUGAUCGUCUGUCCUCAGAUGAAGAAAGCCAAAAACUGGCUUCAUUCAUUGUACAAGCAUCUGAAAAGAAUUUUGGUAGUAAGUUGGUACUUGAAUCCCAAAUCUUUGGAGAAUUGCCUGACCAUGGAUGUCACUUAAAAAGCACCACUAUAGCUGAUAUAAACCAGCAUAAACAUAUGACUAUGCAGCAAGAGAAUGUUGAGUGUAUUAUAUCCACAAACGUUUCUACUACAUCUCCCAAGAUCCUUGUAAUGACUAAGGAUCAGUUGCAACUGACUGAAUCAAAGUUCUCUGAGGAGCUGAGCAGCCCUAGAUCUACUGCAGCAUGUGUAAAACCUCACACUGUCUCUAUAUGGCUUCAGCAGCUACUGCAUGAGAUUAGUUCUUCUAUCCAUGACAUGGUCUUCAGCCCAGAAUUCAGUAGACUCCACAUAUUUAGAGUACAGAAGCAGUUAAACCACAACAUCUUGUAUCAGGAGAGAGACUUAGAUGUGUUAAUAGAACAGCUGAAUAACAUUGUAAAAAGCAAAGAAGCAACAGAAACUUACUGCAGAUAUGCUAAAUUUGCUGUGUACCACCAAAGAGUACGACAGCUUAUACAUAUCCUGCGUGCCUUGCUCAUACCCAAUGGACAUGGGGUUCUGUUUGGAGCUGCUAAGAAAACAGGGAGAAAGACAACAUUACGCCUAGCAGCUGAUUUGACAGGAUACCACCUAAUUGAAGUUCAUUGUGGAAAUGAGGUCAAACUGAAGGAGCUGGUAAAAGAAGCUUACCAUCAGAUUGACCAGCACGGGGAACAUGUCAUUUUUAUGGUUCAUGAGAAUACUAGUCAGGCCGUUAGGGAUGACCUACUGUUGAUCAUGGAAACCUGGCAUCAUGUAGAUGGAGAACUGAAGGAAGUGAGACCAUAUAUCAGUGCUGUGGUCAAGAAGUCAUCAGAUCAAAAGACUGGCCAGGUCAAUAAAAGGUAUUUCAGGAGUAAACAAAAACAUAUUCAUGUGUUUUUGCUACUGCCUCUCAGCCAGCACACUUAUGAAACAGAAACUGAACAGUCAUCUGUAACUGCACGUCAAAUUACUAAGGCUUUAACCCUCUGCUGUUGUGUAGAAGUAUACCAUCCUUGGAGCACUGAGACUUUAGUUGAAAUUGCCUCUGUUCAUCUAAAGGACAGUGUAGAUGACAAAACCACUGUGACCAGUAUUGCUCAAGCAAUGGCUGCAAUACACCAGUCUGCUACAAAAUAUGCCUCAAUAUUCCUCAAUACGGUUUCUAACCAGCCAUUCAGCCCACAGACGUAUAUUGAGCUGAUAGAAUACUUCAGUCAACUUUGUGACCACCUUAAUGAACAAGUUAGAUCACAUGCCAACAGGCUGACAAAAGUUCUGGGCCAUUUGAAGGAUCUGACUGACACAGCCCAGGAUUACAGACAGGAAGCUUUCAGGCUUAAAGUUAAAUUUCAGGAGGCACAAAAGGAGCUAAGCCAGUUGCAGAUGGCUAUUGACACUGAGCGUGCAGUCUGUGAACAGACUCAUCAGCACUGUUUAUUGGAAGAGAACUGUCUCACUUAUCUACAAGAACAGUUAGAUCUAGCUGAACAGCAAGCUCAAGAUGCCCUCAAAGAGGUGACACCACUGUAUGAGGCAGCCCUUAAGGCUAUGCUUUCUUUAAACCAGUCUGACCUGGAUGAAGUCAGACACUACAGACAUCCUCCCGAUGGAGUGGUCAUAUUAAUGAAUGCUAUAUGCAGGUUGUUCAAUUGCCCAUGCAACUGGGAGAGUGGCAAGCAAUUAUUGGGGCAGCCUAAUUUCUUACAGGAACUACAAUUUUUUGACCACUCAAAGUUAAGCAAUGAGUUGUUUGCAGAUUUGGGACAAAUUGUACAAGCACCACACUUCCAGACAGGCUUAGUCUGUGGUGUGAGCCAGGCUUGUGAAUCUUUGUGCAGCUGGGUGCGUGCUGUGUACCAGUAUGCCUGUGUUAAACACUGUUUGGCUCCAAAGGAAGCUCACAAGAUCCAUUUAAACCAUUGCAUGGCUGAAAUCCGUGCACGGCUGCAGGUUGCACGGCUGCAGGAAGAUGCUGCACAAGACAGACUAGAUGUUGUUGAGAAGCAAUACCAGUUUGUCAGAAACAAUUUAAAGGAGCUUUCAGCCCAGCUCCAUAAGUUAGAAAUCGAGGAGAAAGAGGCUGCUGUCACUAUUAAACAAAUAAGCGAUUACAUUAAGAAAUGGAACAUGGCUAAAAAGGAAACUGAAAUGAAUGAGCACACCAUUCCAGGUGAUGCAUUGUUACUAGCUGCUGUAAUAACCUAUUUGGGUCCGUUUGGGCCUGAUAUUCGACUGGAUCUGCUAAAAAAGUGGCACAAAAUGUGUCUCACAGGCAAGAUUACCAUUAGUCCAGAGGAUGUAAGAACAUCUUUGUUUGAUGAAGCACAGUUUCUUUCUACUGAGAAUGUCCAGUUUGCAAACAUUCCUGUGGCCACGGAGCUUCACAGGGCUCUGACACAAGCUCUUGGGAGGGAUCAACAUCUCAUUCAAGCAGUACUUCCCAAUCAUGUCUUAAAACUGUUGUUGUGGGGACAUAGAGCCCUGUGGGCUCACAAAUGGGGUUUGCUUACAGACACACAGCAACAUAAAGAACAGAGUUUCCUUACAGGGCUGAUAGAACAUUCAGACCAGUUCCCAAUAAAUGCUGGACGAUCUGAAAAAGAUGAAGAGUUUGAGCUCAUUGUUUCUGCACAUGACCCAGAAUUUAUUCACAAAAUCAGUCAUGGUGCAAAAAAAGGUCUGAAAGUUUUGGUUACUGAAAUUGAGCAUGCUGUGCCAAGGGAAGAGUUCCUCAGUAUAUUAGAUCGGCCAGGUGGAAAUCACAUUUUUGAUGCAUUCCAUCCAGUCAAAGCCCUGCACCCGGAAUUUUGUCUGUUCCUUAGCACCUCUCUUCCAGCAAAAGUUCUGUUGGAAGAGAUUCAUCCCUUAAUACUGGCAAAGGUGAAAGUUAUAGACCUAUCUCUAAGCACAUCAGAAGUCCAGGGUAUUAUUUUGAGUGACUUAAUACAGUCUAAGUGUUCAGAACUUUGGUUGAAGCAUUGCCAGUUGCAGCAAAAUAAACAAGUGCUUCAGGAUAAACUUCAUGUAGAAGAGGUCUCUUUGGUAGAUUACAUCCUGCAGUCUUCCACGCCACUACUGCAGGAUCCUGAGUUCCUUCCAUAUGUGCAACAGUGUAAGAGAUCCACACUGAGACAUCAAGCAGAGAUUGAAGAACUGGCCAAUAAAAUGGAUGGUCACAAGGCAGUAAUGAAUGAAUUUCACUGCAUAUCAGCACUGGCAACAGCCCUUUAUAGGGCACUCCAGGAUGUUGGGCGCCUCUAUCCCUUUUACUUUUUUCCCCUGUGCAACUUCUUGAUUGCUUUGCGGGAAACUUUAGCCCAAAAGGGUUGGCUAGAUGUUCCAUGCAGUGCAGAGAUGGAGAAGAGUGUUGUCAUGUCAGAGAUUUCACAGAGGAUAGUGUCCCACUUAUUUGCUCACUAUAGACCCUAUUUAUUCCAGAACCAUGCUGAAUUACUGAGGUUGUUUUUUUCUGUUGCCUUCUUCAUGCACACUGAGGGUAGCUCUGAGAUUGAACGUGUGGUCUUUCUCAGAGGACUCAGUAACAUAGAAUCAGGAGAAUAUGCUUCAUCACCUGAACAAUCUGCUGCUGUGCUUCCAAGCUGGAUACCAACCCAUACAAAAGCUGUUUUAGGUCUCCUAGAAAAAAUCUCACCCUUCCAUGGCUUGAUCUCCUCUUUGAGGAAUUCCUCCAGACAAUGGCAAGAGUAUUUUCACUUUCCUUCAGCCACAGUGGUCGGACCUGCUCCUUGCCAGUCACAUUCCCAGCUGACAACAUUGCAGCGUGCUAUUCUUUGGAAGACAUUCUGCCCACAAUGGCUUGCAGCAGUGAUGGAUGAUCUCGCUGCUUGUCACCAAGGACAGAAUAUACAAUCAGCUGUAGCAGGUGGUCCUCAUACCAGUUCUCCAGAGGCACUCUCAAGUCUUUUGUCCAGAAAUAAAGGUCCUGUAAUUGUAACUAUGCCAAGUCAAAUAGAAAAUGGGUCAGGAGGUAUCCAUCCUCUGCACUGGAUUAAACACUCAGCUUUGCACCAAGCAGAGAUGAAAGGGGUGAAGGUGGUUGUACUUUCAUUUGGGUCUAAAUGCCAAAGAGAUUAUCUUCUCUCAUCACUUAUUACAGCUGUUCAGACCGGCUUUUGGCUGGUUUUGAAUAACUGUCACCUGCUUGAUCAUUGGGAUCCCAAAGUAAUUACUCAGCUAAGACAGUUACUAUCCUGCACAGGAAAAGGGCACUUGACGAAUAUGGAGGCAGAUAUGGGGCUUAAUCAAAUUGGAGAAGGUGCAGGAAAUCAAGUACAUCCUCACUUUCGACUGUGGCUUAUAACAAAAGGCAAUGCUCCACUUUCUAUUCCAGCUUUCAUUAGGAUGUGUGCCAUGCAUUUGGUGUUUGACUCUCAUUGGGACCUGAAGGAUGAGCUGUGCUCCUCUUUUAGACAAGUUACCUCCACAGUACAUCCUGCUAUGAAUAAGGUGGAUCCUCUCCUUCGAGCUGCUGUCCUUCAUUCUGUUUUAAUGCAGAGACAAAAAGUGAAGCAUCUGGGACAUGGGAGCUUUUAUAAAUGGUCUUAUGAGGACUUUCUUGCUCUGACUGAUGCACAUGCCCACCUUGCAAAACUGUGCCAUGACCCUGUUGAAGCACUGGAAUAUGUCGCUGCAUACUUGAUAUAUGGUGGUCACGUGUCAGAUUCAGCCGAUUUGGAGGCUGUGGAAGCAGUGUGCAGAGUUUGUCUACAACCCCUACCAUCUACAUCGGGUAGCGGUCCUCACAUUCUUUCAGAAAUGAUCAGCAUGAAAGGACAUUUUGAUGAGGAUAUUCUGAAAGCUGUACAGCACUGCAUUGAAACCACACUAAAUAACAAUGAUACCCUGCUUCUAGGAUUCAGUUCAGAGAUGACAAAUGAUAUAGUGAAUAUAAGAAGUCAGACACUCAGAAUCCUACUUCUUCAGUCUGAAGAUAGUUUUGCAGCUGUCAGAAAUUAUGAUGGCAUGUUCAAGCAUCUUCCAGAGCUUGCAGACUACAAAAUGGCUCAAGAAAGAUUGCAGAAUUUACAGACCAAUUUUGAAUGGACAAAGAAGAGAGGAGGUGUGGGUGAGGGAAAAGUCUCACUGAGCCCCAUGCAUGCUUUCCUCCAGACAGAAUGGGAGAAUCUUACAGACACUGUGUCAUCACUGCAAGACGUUUCUGCUUCUACAAACAUCACAUCAUCUAUUAUUUCAGAGUUGGAGACUCGAGCAAACCUGCUUCAAAUGUAUCAGAUGGAAGAAUGCAGUGGUUCCCCUCCUGUCUAUUGUUUAUCUGCCUUUGCAAACCCCCGAGGCUUUCUGGCUGCUUUGAUCAGAGAGACUGUCCACAUCAAACAGUGUGAUAUCAGCCAAGUUACACUGCAUUUUCAGGUCCUAGGUGCUGCAGCAUCUCCAGCAUUUAAGCUCUCAAAUGGGAUCUGUCUAUCCGGAUUGGAGCUACAUGGAGCAUGGUGGGAUAUGCAACUUGGAGCUGUGCAGGACACUCGAUCACCUAAGCCUUGUCCUUUUCCUCUUCUCGGGGUCAGAGCUCAAGUAAAGAACUUCAAUAUCAGCUAUUUAUCUCACAGUUCACCUUCUAAUUCCUACACAAUGCCUUUCUACAACUGUCCUCUAUAUCUGGACAGUCAGAGUAAAGAUGAAGACUGGAGCCUCUCAGUGGACAACAUUGUCACUUAUGUUCCACUUAUGACAAAAUUAGAUCCAGUACUCUGUAAGAUUAGACGAGUUAGAUUAGUCAGUGCACUCCAAGAAAAAAACAUUUAGGUAACGAUUAUAAAUACUGACAUGCAUGUAAAAGACUUCACAACAACUGAGUAUUUUUUUAAAUCAAAAGGUUUAAUGAUUUUUUGAAUCACAUUUAAAGAUAAUUAAAUAUGAAAUUAGAGUAGUUAAACUUUGCAGUUACAUUUAUCUAACUAGUUAUAUUUAUAUAACUUAAAAAU